AUGACAAUCAUUUUCUUCGAUCUCCCUUCCACCCUUCCGGGGAAUGCUUGGUCUCCUAGUACUUUCAAGACAAGAUACACUCUCAACUAUAAGGGAAUUCCCUAUACCACGCAAUGGGUCGAGUACCCGGACGUCGAGGCUGUCAGCAAGAAAUUGGGCAUCAAGCCAACUACCACCAACCCCGACGGAAGCGAUCACUACACCCUUCCUGCAAUAUAUGAUCCUUCCACUGGCGUAUACCUAGCGGAUUCGAUCUUGAUUGCGGAGUACCUCGACAAGACCUACCCAGACACGCCGAAAAUUUUCCCUCACAACACUGUUGGCUUACAACACGCCUUUAAUGAAGCGCUGGAGACGGCACUGGACCCUUUGUGGGAGUUCAUCCUUCCGGACACAUGUCCAAUCCUCAAUCCUCGCAGCAAUGUGUAUUUCCGCCGCACCAGGGAGCAUGCCUUUGGUAUGACUUUGGAGGAGCUACGACCCAGUGGCGAACGUGCAGUGACAAGGUGGGAAGAGCUAAAGAAGAACUUGGAGAAGGUCGAUGCAUGGUAUUCCAAGGUCGACGGGACGUUCAUCCUGGGCAAUAAAAUCUCUUUCGCAGAUAUCGUUGUCGCCUCUCACUUGAUCUGGCUGAGGAAAGUUUGGGGAGAUAGGCAGGAAUGGAAAGAUAUUGCUGAGUGGAACGGAGGAAGAUGGGAGAAUCUCUUGAACGCACUCGAGAAGCUUUCCAAGAAAUUAGGCAUCAAGCCUACAGGACGAAAAACCCAUGACGGCAGUGACAGAUACACCCUUCCCGCCAUAUACGACCCGUCCACAGGCGUAUACCUUGCCGAUUCUAUCCUCAUCGCUGAGUACCUUGACAAGACAUACCCGAUUUCCUCUCCAAUCUUCCCUCACAAAAGUGUUGGGCUACAAAAUGCUUUCAUGGUUGCGAUUGGCGCUAUGGUUUCUCCUAUCUGGCAGUUCACGGACUUGCCCGCGGUUGGGAUUCUUAACGCUCCUAGCGCACAGUAUUUUCGAACGGUGAGGGAGAGGGCACUAGGUCAAUCCCUGGAGGACGCAUCUCCGAAAGGACAGUAUGCCAUUGACCAAUGGAAAAGGCUUCAAGAAAAUUUCGGAAUAGUCGCUAGCUGGUAUGCCAGUACUGAUGCUAUUGGGCCGUAUUUCAUGGGAGAUGAGGUAUCGUGGGUAGACAUGGUUAUGGCUUCUUACUUUUCGUGGUUGAAAGUCACCUUUGGCGAGAACGACACACGUUUUCUUGAUAUUAUGAGGUGGGAUGGUGGCCGGUGGCAGCGGUUAUAUCACGACAUGCAGAGAUUCGCGACGAUUCAGUGA